AUGCUCUCUCUAGGGCAGGUACUGCGGCUUCUCCUGAAUGGCGCAUUGCACGCAGUUGCAAUGCCAAAGAGACAGCAGGAGGGCGACACACAGCCGAAGAAGAGGAAGAAGAAGUCCCAGGGGCCCGGGCAUGAUGACGACUGCGAGGGCGAGCGUGGGUUCCUCGUCACGGGCAUGACCUGUCAAAACGCCCUCCGAGGGCUGAAAGACCUGAGACUUUGGCUUGAGGUCGAGGCGGAGCUCGCAGGGACCGGAUCAACGGAUGAAGCUGCCGAGCGUCCGCAGGGAGUGGCAGAGAGUUUGGAUGCGGAGCUGGCCGAGUUGCGGAGUGACCCAACUCAGAGGCGCUUCCUGACGGUAGGCAUGGUCUGCAAGGAGGUGGCUUUCCUGCGCUCCCAGCAUGAGGCCGAUCUGCCUUCGGGGCUGGCAAAGAAGUUCCUGGGCCCCAGCGCCAAGAGGCGCUUCAUUUCGCGCUUCGCCGACCGUGUCCUCCCGGUGGAUGGAUCCACGAGGCCAAAGCUGGAAAGCUUCAAGAGUCUCGCAGAAGGCAUGCUCUCCGGCCAUAAGGGCCGGCCAUGGCGCUUGCUCUACGAAGCCUUCCGGGGCGGAUGGAACACCAUCUCCAAAGAGGAUGCCAUGGAAGCCUGCAAGCAGCACUUGGGCCCCGACUCUCAAAGUGUCAGUGAGCCGGAGGUGACCAUUGUCUGCACCGUGCAGCCACGAUUUGUAGGACUGGCUGUUGCGGAACUGGACAUUGACUGCUUACGGGUGGACGACGAGUGA